AAGGGCAGGGGGCGGGCGCUUUGGUAGUCUUCCUCUAGUAACUCACGCACCUUCUGCAAAGCGAGCGCGAACCAACAGCACUAGGCCCUAGCGACGGCCCGUAGGUAGUGUACAACCGGCUCGGGAAUCCGCAGAGCGUCUCUUGCCCUGUGCCCUUCAGCUCUUAAGUAGCCUGGCCGGGAGGUAGCGGGCGGCCUGGGAGGAGACGAAAUACACUAGGCCGUCGUUUAUUAACUCAGGCGGCAUGGCGGCUCCAGGCUCUGUCAAGCUCUUGCUUGCCGCAUCGGCGGCAUUCGGGGCUGCGUCCCGCCGUUGCCUCCUCCUCGUCGGAGCCGGGAAACCGGGCAGGCACGGGGAACUAGACCGGGGAAAUGCCGCUUCCCGGGGGGCGAGCCGGGGCUUCAGCUUGUCGGCGCCGAGCCGGCGCAGCUCAGAAGAUAAGGUAACCAUUCAUUUUGUAAACCGGGAUGGUGAGAAAUUAACAACCCAAGGAAAAGUUGGUGACACUCUACUAGAUAUUGUUGUUAAUAAUAAUCUAGACAUUGAUGGGUUUGGUGCCUGUGAAGGAACAUUGGCUUGUUCCACCUGCCAUCUUGUCUUUGAAGAACACAUAUUUGGAAAGUUAGAAGCUAUUACUGAUGAGGAGAAUGACAUGCUUGAUCUGGCCUAUGGACUAACAGACACAUCACGCUUGGGCUGCCAAAUCUGUUUAACAAAGUCUAUGAAUAAUAUGACUGUCCGAGUACCUGAAGCAGUUGCUGAUGCAAGGCAAUCCAUAGAUCUGGGCAAGAACUCAUAAACUUCAGUCAAUCAGAAUAUUUUCAUGGAAUUUUACCCAUAUUUUUAUUACAAUAGUUUCUCUAUGUAAUUAAAUGAGAACUUGCCAAAUAGAAUUUAUUGCUGUUACUAGCUUUGAUAUUUUAAUUUACCUUAUAAAAUUACUGUAUUUUGUAAUUCUUACAAAUUAUGCGGCCUUUUUUUCUUUUUGGUUAAACUUUAGAUCGUACAAUGUUGUUAUAAGAAUUCACAUAAUAUUAGUUUACAUUUUUGUAGUGUUUUAGCUUUCAAAUUGCUUUUACAUUACCUCAUUUUAUACUCAUUAUGCCCUUAACCUCAUAGUGAUAUUACCACUAAUUUAUCUGUGGUGCGGUGCAAGAUCAGCUAAAUGUGUCCAACAGAGGUAGUUAGUUUUCUGACUCCUUGACUUUUUCUAAUAGACUGGGAGAAAUAAGGAAUAAAACAGGGAGAAAUUAUGAAUUCUUUGUUAAGAGUAAUUGAGGAAUGUAAAUAUCAGUGCAGAAAAACACAUAACUGCUCAGUGAAAUGCUUUAUUUUCUGAAUAUGUUAGAACAGAUACAAAGAUAAUUAUCUGCCUUGUAAUAUGACCUUUCAGAGUUAAGAACAUUUAGGAUAAUUUGAACAUAGGUGCUUCUAAAGUCCCUGACAAGUCUGAUCUUGAUUAUAACAAAGCUUACAGGAAUUCUUUAAAGGAAAGUAAAAUUCUUGGUACUUUUGUAAGUAAAGUAAGAGACAUGUUUGUGAUUUUAUCUAAAUGUUUGAUUUGUAAUAUUCCUUAACAGUGGGAUGAAAUCAUUUAAAAAAUUCAGUCUUUUUUCUGCAGAGCUAGAGGGAAAAAAAAAGGAAAUAAUUCUGUUGGGCACUGUAAUUUGUCAAUCCGUGUGGAAGCAAGUUGGAAUUUUCAUUUUGUCUGACAGUAAAUAAAUUCAUUAGUAGGUUAAACAAUGUAGCUUAUGAAACUGGAGUAAAACUUCACAAACCUAGAUUAAUUGAAGGACAAAGCUAUCUUUAAUUAAAAAUGUGAAUUAUCUAACAGUUUUAAAGAAAUACAGGAUUAUUACCUUGUCACAAAUGACAACAUGAACUAGUGCUGCUUAACAAAGUUAUUUCUAUAUUUAUUUAGGAAAUAAAAAUUUGUAGCUAGGAUGUUGUUAAUAUAACCUGAGAACUUAAAAACACUUUAAUUCUGUUAAACAUUCCUCACCUAGCCUUGCUUACUUUAUUGAUCUGGUUAGCAGUCUUUUAUCUGUCAUAGUCCUGUAAUGCACUUCACUCAAAAUAGUAAAUUUAUCACACAUUCCAAAUUAGUGAGGUCCAAGUUAAUUCAAUUUCAUGUUUUUCAUUUGAGAAUCAUAGGACUGAAGGCAAGCUAGUCCAGCUGCUACCUGAAUCUUGCAUCUCUUCUUAUUUGAUGCUUGGGGACCCUUAGUGAUUAAGAACUCACUCUCAGCAAGCUUUUUGACUGCUGUAAUUGUUAAGAAGUGCUACUUUUAUUUUCAGGUAAAACCUGCUUCUCUAUAAUUUGUACAACUUCCAGAACCAAACAGAAGAGAAGACUUUGCUGAUUUUUAUAAAAAUCUUUGGCCUCCUUUUUAAAAAAUUUUGAGAUUUGUAUUUGUAGAGAUACAUUAAUUUUAAAGAGAUUAACUUUAGGGCCUUUUAUCACAUAUAAGAAAUAAGAUUUUUCUCAUUAUUUUUGUUAAUUGGCCUUUUUUCCUUCUCCUUUUAACAUUUUGAAAAAUCAUAAUGGUUUAUUUUGAUUUUGUAGGUAAUAUUCAGUUUUAAUUAUUAGCAUCUAACAUUUCUUCUCUUGCCAGUACCAUAUUGAUUCAAGGGCUAGGGGAGAUGUACUUUUCAGUUUCAUGCAACUUUUAGUUGUAAUUCCUGGCCACUCUUGGAUUAGAAAUAUUUCACAAUCUAUUAAAUCCUGCCAAAUUUAAGCUCCACUUUUUCCUUAGCACACACUAAUACAUUCAGCAAAGCAACAUGGGUUUCUUUUCUUAUGCUGUACUUAUUUGCUCCAACCCAGUCUACACAAAGACUAGGUUUUAUUGUAACAUUUCUAUUCCAAGUAAUGGUAUUUUUUCCUCUAUGGCUUUAUAUCAGUAGAUAGAGGGGGAAGCCAAGGACUCAGUAAGUCUUGCCUUGGGCACAUCACUAGAUGUGUGAUCAGGAAGGAGCAAGUUUACAUGUACAGCUUACCAAUCUGUUUCCUCUUCUUUAAAAGGAAAGGGGAAGGGAGAUUCUGGGUGACUCAGUGGAUUGAGAGCCAGGCCUAGAGAUGGGAGGUCCUGGGUUCAAAUCUGACCUCAGACUCUGCCGACCUGUGUGACCCUGGGCAAGUCACUUAACCCCCAUUGCCUAUCCCUUUCCAUUCUUCUGCCUUGGAACCAAUACCCAGUAUUAAUUCUAAGACGGAAGGUAAGGGUUUAAAAAAAAAAAAGGAAAGGUCUCCUCCUAAGCUCUUAAAUCUAUGGCAACCCUGUGAUUUGGAAAAGAGUUUUCACACUGGGAGGUUUUUCCUGCAAUAAAAUCACAGGUCCACACUAAAAAAUGUUUAUUUUAAUUAUUGUACUGUAACAUUUCAUUCUCAUAGUUUAAAAAGAUUAAUUUAAUGUAUAGCAUGGAUAGUCACAGUUUCAAUUAGAAUUUAAGAUGAAUGUUUCAUUUUUCAAGGUUAUAGGGAAGAAUGUCUAGUAAAGGAUAUUAAAAAUACAGUUUUGGAUAAUAUAAUUUUUCUUUAAUUUUGAUUCAUUAUACCUUUUCCCCCUCAUUUUUUUCUCUUUAUUGCUUUUUACAGACUUUUAGCAACCUGAAAUUUUGUGUUAAACCACAUCUUGGAUCAUCAGUUUUCUUAAAUGGAAAGAUUUAUAAAUAAGAAUAUCUUAAAAAUCAAAAAAUUAUGUGUCUGAACAAAAUAUGACACUUUUAAAUGUAUAUCACUAGACUUUUGACAUAACUUUACUAGUUUCCUCUCAAGCAAAUAUACAAGAAUAACAGUAUAAAUGAGGUUGUGCAAUAGAACUUCUUUAAUGUGUCAACAUAUCACAUUUUAUCAAGUUAUUUAUUUUUAAAGACUUCAAAAAACAAGAUCCUAUUUUUAAAAUGAGGGGACUUGGACUAGAUAACCUCUGACCCUUCCAGUCCAACUCCUAUGAUCCUAUAUUCUGCUUUGCAACAAUAGAGUCAUUUUCAGGUCCAGGGUAAACUUAAGACCUUGGUACUUACAGUUUUUAAAACUGAAAGUUAUGCAUACAAUACAGUUAAAUAUAUUUCAAGUUUGGUGUUUGAAUGGGAAAUUUGAGUCAGUAUUCAAUUUGAGUUCGAAUAUCACCUCAGAUACUAGCUGUAUGACCCUAAGCAAGCCAUUUGACUGCUCUAUGCAUUAUUUUCCUCCACUAUAAAUGAAGAGGUUGCAUUUCAUGACCUCUGAGGUCCUUCCUAAUGCUAAAUUUAAGAUCAUGUGAUCUAGCUAUACUAAAAAAAAAUCUUUUUUUGCUCUGCUGUGAUUUCUUUGUACUAGAAUUUCAUUACUUAUGUUUGUUGUUGGAUAUAGAUUCCAGCUACUAACAGAUAACCCUCAGGAAGCUUUGUUAAAGGAUGCAGAUAUGUAAUAUUAACAAGCAUUUUUAAAAUAUCUAUUAUAUGUCAAGGACAAUGCUACAAGCAGAGCAUAUAAAAAGAGCUCACAUGCCAUUAAUUAACAAUAAAAGUCAUCCAUUAACUAUUAUCUCUACUUCAGUUCCUACUAAACCCAUUUUUUUUCUAGCUGACUUCCAAGUCUGCAUUUCCAACAGUCCAGUGGGUAAAACCUAUAGCACCCCAAACAUACGUUCCAUACCAAACUUAGCCAUUUGUCCACCCCCCAAAACCAAAUCUUUCUGACUGCUGCUUGUUUUCUUCAUUCCUGUGAAUCAUCUGCCCUUGAAACCUUCAUAGUAAAUAUGAAUACAAAAAAUAUGUGAUGAGAGGAAAUAAUGCAGAGAGAAGACAGAACAUUUAUUGAGUACAGAUACAUAAAAACAACAAAACAUUACAUAUUUGCACACAAAAGAGGACACAAAUUAUUGGUUUUUUUGUUUCAUAAAACAAAGAAUUUUGCAGUUUAAUUUGGAAUUUGAUUUUAUUUGGUCAAAUUUGUUGAGAUUACAGUAAAUGCUUGCUUCAUUUAAACUUUAUAAUACAUUAUUUUUAAAAGGAAAUAAAACUCAUUAGCACCUUUAACUUUUCUCUCUUGCCAUGUCCUGUCUAUUCUACCUCUGCAUUUUAUUUCCAUUCCCAUAAUCACCACCAAAUGUCAGGCUGCCAUGAUCUGGAGCCUUGUAACAGUCUCCCACUUUUUCCCUUUCCUCUUCUAAGUAACUCAUCAUUCACUUUCCAGAUUAACUCUUUAUUAAUAUGUCUUAUGCCAAAUCUGCUCAAAACCUUCCUAUAGUGCCUAUACACGUUGCUUAAUAAAUUUUAAUUGAAUUUAAUGAUUUUCUAUUGUCUAAUGAUUAAGUCUCAGGCAGUUUGAUAAGUUUAAGAUCCACCACAAUCUGAUGCCUCCCCAUCUUUCCAGCCUUACAUCAAAUUAUUACUGUCUAGUUAUGUGUUAGCCCUGGUUCACAACAUUGUCUUCUGGCUUUCCUGCUUUGUGUUAUUGACUAUGCCUGCAAUUAUCCCCACCCUCAUUUCUGUCUCAAAAUUAGGUCUCUAAGAGCUAAGUAUCUAGAUACUUUAAGAAUAUAAAUAGUUUUCCAAAAAAUCACAAACUAUAAAUGACCAUGUUAAACAACUGGUGUUUUCCCCUUCAACUUACCAGUUUGCCAAGGUCAUAGAAAUCGGUGUUGGAGGGUGACAUGGAAAGGUUUAUACACCAAACUCUGAAUUGGCCCAUCUGUUUUGCAGAAAUGAUGACUAAACUUUAUAACCAUUGACCUAGAAAUCCACCAUUGGGUAUAUCUAUCCCAAGGAAAGGUUCAGUAUAUAUUAAAGUAUUCAGAAUUCUUUUGUGGUAUCAAAGAACUGAAAACACAGCAGGAAUCUAUCAAAUGGAGAACAGUUGAAAGAAAAUAAUUGAAAUGUUCAAUUUGGUGAUAAGUAUAAGGAAUUCAGAGAAACAGGAUCUGUAUGAACUGGUAGAAAGUGAAAUAAGUGGAAUGAAAAACAAUAAUACCUAUAACUAUAAUUGAAUAAAAAGAUUAGGAUGAAGAAAUGCCACAGCAACUAAAAAGUUGUUCAGUACAGCUAGGGAAAAGCACUUCCUUCAACUUGAUAUAGAGACAGGGUACUACUCAGUCAAAAUUAAUACCAUGUCAAACAGUUACUUUAUUGGAUGGAUAUAUUGGGGUUAAAUUGUUGCAAAGGUAGAGUCUUUGUGUGUGGGGUAUAAAAUGACAUGUAAAAACAAAACAUAUCAAUAAAAAAUUGGGUAUCAGCUCUUCUA